GUAGGUCCUUCAUGAAUGAAACCACGUGACCAACCCAAAUCAUAUGACGUCUGGCUUCAGCGCGAGAGAAAGAGGAUCAACACGGUCUCAAAUUCGCCGACAACAGCGUCAAACUCCCGCUGGAUUCUCUUCGCUUCCACCAGACACCGUCAUCUGCAGCGCCAGACGUUUCCUAACGCGUUCGAUCUGCGUGGCUUGGCAGCGGUUCCUCGUGGCAUGACGACCACUAACAAAGGAAACAAGGCCUUGAAGGUGAAGAGGGAGCCCGGCGAAAACGGGACGAGUCUGACGGACGAUGAGCUGGUGUCCAUGUCGGUCCGUGAGCUCAACCAGCACCUGCGCGGCCUGUCCAAAGAAGAGAUCCUGCAGCUGAAGCAGCGCCGGCGGACGCUGAAGAACCGUGGCUACGCCGCCAGCUGCCGCGUCAAGCGCGUCACUCAGAAGGAGGAGCUGGAGAGGCAGAAGGCGGAGCUGCAGCAGGAAGUGGAGAAGCUGGCUUCGGAGAACGCCAGUAUGAAAGUGGAGCUGGACGCGCUGCGCUCCAAAUAUGAGGCUCUGCAGAGCUUCGCCAGAACUGUGGCCCGAGGGCCCGUGGCUCCCGUUUCUAACGCGGCCGCACCCGUGUCCCACCGCGGGCACUUGGCCUCCGUCAUCGGGCCCCUCGUUCCCGGCAAGGUGGGAGCCACCAGUGUUAUCACGAUAGUUAAAUCGAAAACCGACGCGAGGUCUUAGUACCGCACGCAGAAGAAGGGUUGGUCAGUGCAUGAGGGUUUAGGUGCGGGACGCUCGUCGCUCUCUUCUCGAUUUCACAGCGCUUUUGGGGAAGAAAACAGACUGAUGACAAAACCCUUCAGUUUUUGCUGCAAUGCUCUCUAAUGUGGCUUUUUCUGGGUUACAAAAGAAGGAAAGCACAUCUAGGGCGGUUUAUUCACUUGGGCUUCCAAAACGAUCUCCAAAUUACGUAACUAAAAUCUAAAAACAUGCAGCCAAAUUUUCCUGGUGGAUGUGUUUAAUAUUGCUGUGAGAUUUGUAAUUUUGUACAAAUAUUGGCGACUUCGUAUUGUGUUUUUCACAUGGGGUCCAAGUGUUUUAUUGAUAUGUGAUCAUUCAGUGUUUGUGUUAUUGGAAAUGUUGUACUUUUUAUACAGCGUUGUGUUUUUUGUUCUCUUUGGAUAUGCUGUUUCGCCAUUUUUCCGUCCUUUUGUUUACGGACUGCAGGCACAAAACACUUUAAACCGUUCAGACUUCCAAACUCUUCCACCGUCUGUAUGUUUUGCCGUGGAACUGAAGGAGAGAGAAUCAGCCAAUGAGAAACUCCCUUUACCUGAGCCUAAUUUAUGCACUGACCAAUCACUGACGGGCAGGAGGAGUGGAGGCGGAGUCAAAUCAGCUGAUGUUGUUCAUAUGGUAGCUAUCAGAAUAAUCUGCCACCAGUUUAUGUGCUCCAGUCGUCUGUUUCAAGACAGGAGAUCAUCUUUAUCGGCAAGGCAAUAACAUGUUUAUGUUGUGCAAUGUUAAAUUUUGAAGUUUUGUUUGCUUUGUGUAACCUUCUCUUGUCAUUUGGUUAUGGUGGAUUGCUUAUAUUUCAUGUUGUGUAACCUUCGGAGUGAAGGUUAUAAUGUCUUUCGUUGUCUGUAGAUCCAGAGAAGUGUUUUUUUUGUUUGUUUGUUUUUUUCCACUAAAAACGAAAAUGAAAUAUGGCGAACAAAAAAACAAGUUUCUGUUUUUGAAAGACUGACUGAAAGACAUAAACUGGUGAAAUCUCACAAGCUUUACCAUAACUUUGUUGCUGUGACAUUGCGUAACGUAUUCUAAAAAUCUUUGUCUAUAUGGUGGAGUCUUGAAUUUUAUAAAAAAAAAAAGAACAGAGUAUCUUGCAUUAUUUAUAAAACAUUUAAAAAAAGAAUUAUAAAGUUGUUUGAUAGCUCUCUUUUUUGCAAUUGUACCAAAAGUGGCUUAACUAUUGAAGUCAAUAGCUUUUUCUAGUGACUAGGCGCGUAAAACUGUGGACUAGCGCGUGUGGUGUGAUUUGUACUGGUGAGGUGGCGGUGUUGUUUACGAUGUGGAUGUGAUGCUCUUAUCUUCUGAUUUCAGCCCAACGCAGGCGAUGAGCGCCGGUUACCCAGAAUCCCUGCGAUUGUUUGUGUGCGACUGAAAGUUUGUGUGUUCCAUGUUUAAGUGGACAGGACACAAACGAAGGAGGGGAAGCGGCCGUAUCGCCUGCGUUUGAGUCCUUUUUAUGUGAUGUGUGAUUUUUAUAUAUUUUUGGUGUAAUACGUUUCUAUGGUAUAUUUGUUGUUGUUUUCUUCUUCUUCUUUUUUUUCCUGUUGUUUUCUUUAAAUGCCAGGGAAGUGACUCCUUUAAAUGCACUGAUUAAAACGAGCGAUAUGACAUACAGCUGCUCUUCAUGCUGCAAAGCUGCUCAAAAUAUUCCUUUUUUCUACAUAAAACAAAGAAAGAGCUGUCCCUAUCCCUAUUAUUUCUCUUUUUUUGGCCAAAAAGUUUCUUCAUUAGGAAAAUAUGUAAAACUCAGAACUGUUGUAAUGCUGCAUUCAUGUCUCAAUCGUAAUUAUUAGAUAUGCACCGAUACUAAAUUUCUCAGCCGAUACCGGUUAUUUAGAAUGAUAUCUGCCGAUACCGAUAUAGUUUGAUAGUCUCUCCCAACUAAAGCUGUAAAUAUACAGGGAACCCUCUUAUUUGGUACAACUGAGCCCAAACUAUUGUAUUCAACUGCUAUUUAUUUUCAGAUAUAAUAAUUACACUCAAAUAAAAACUGAAAUGUUUGUAUACAACAAGGUAGUUUUCAUAAACACUUGUCUUCAUGGCAUAUUUAUUCAAACAUACAUAUAUAAUAAACAGUAAAUAAGCUCCUCUCUAGUGUUUUUAUAGCUAACGAACUUUGAACAUCGGAUAACUUUCCUGAGGUAAAUGCAAAGUUAAGUGACAUUGCUGAUUUAUUGAUGUCUUUCUGCGAUUUAAACACUGAUUGGUCAAUUACAUGAGAUAUGAUUAAUUUCAGUAAGUUGUAAUGUAUCUUUAAACAUACAUUCUGAUGUUCAUUCAUGUUUUUUGAAAAGUGGAAAAAAAAGACUCGCGCUCUGUGCUACAGCGAUCUGUCACGUCACAUUUAAGUGCGCCAAAAUGCCUUUUUGGUUUGGAUUUCGUGGUAAAAUGGACAGAAUUUAAAAGCUGAGUCUUUGUUUCUUAUCAGAAGUAACAAGCACAAAGAUAUUUGCGAUUAUUGGAUGGGAGGCGCUACAAAUAAUGUUUGGUGUAGGGGAAAACUUGAAUUGAAUUAUGGGUGAUUCAUUGGGUCAAAAAGAGCCUGCUUUAACACUGCUAUUUUUUAAGUGUUAAUGCGUUAUUGUCAUGUUAACUUUGACAGCCCUAAAUUCAACACAAGAUUUUCUUCAUACACAGUAUGAGUUGCAGUUGGACAUGUUUUUCCGCCAACUUUUGAUUGACAGAAUUUAAUCGGCCCUGAUUAUUGGCUGUUUUUAAACAAUCGACCAAUGGUCAUUAAAAGAUUGUGAUUUCGAUUCAAACACCUACAUGAUCUUAUUCCAAAAUGACAACAAUUCGGCGAUGUCUAUUAAACCUUCGAGUAUGAUCACAGCGAACAUUCAGAUCUGUGUUCUGUUCCAGAGAGAGCAGUUGUCAUGUUUAGGUAUGAAACAGCUUCACAAACAGUCGUUUCAACCACACAGUAUCAUUAUUUCGGUCUUACAAUAAUUCAUAUUAUCACAGAAGUACUGGGAUAAAAGUUUACAGUUCAAAUAUAAACACUGAUGUCUACGGUAGCGAUCAAAAUAGAGUAAAUCACCUUUAAAAGUAACUUGAUGCUUCAAGUAAAGAUUGUAUCAUUUACAUCGUUAAACCAGUAUGUGUCUUUUAUUCAAGAGAUUCCUUGAAAAGCGCUAAUUUAUCCAGUAAUGAAACAAGUGAAGUCUUUAUGAGUGAGUCAUUGAAUCAUUCAUUCAAGAGAUUUGUUCAAAAACGCUGAUUCAUCCAGUAAUGAAACAAGUGAAGUCUUUAUGAGUCAUUGAAUCAUUCAAAUGCUGAUUCAUCCAGCAAUGAAACAAGUGAAGUCUUUGAGUGAGUCAUUGAAUCAUUCAUUCAAACAGAUUAAAAAAAAAAAACUAUAAAUUAAAAUUCAUUAUUUUUUAAAUAGGCUGCAGCAAUUAACAUUUUGUCAGAACCUCUAGUAUAUUACAUGUUAUUUUGCUUAGUUCAGAAUCGUUUUCAGAAUCAAAAUUGUGAUUCUCAAUUUAUCCAGAAUUGUGCAGCUCCAACUUUUGUAACAGUGUUUGUACUUCUCGGAAUCGGCAGUAAUUGCGAUAUGAUGUGAAUGCAGCAUUAACACUCUACAGCACAAGAGUCUAAUAUUGUGACAGUCUCAACAGGCCACAUCUGCUUCAAAAGAUCUGAACUUCUCAUUGAUGAUGUAAUAGUGAUUUCACCCACUCCGGUCCCGCCGCACUGAUCUGGCAUUUUAAGAACCAAUUCAUUGUGGGUAUAAUUGUACGACAGGGUUUUUUUUUCUUUUUUUAUUGAUGUAAAUCAACAGAAAUAACUUCCUCUGACUGGCUAAUCUGUGAAAUCGUUUCGUAACAAAGUCUUUGCUCCAUCUCGGCAUUGCUUUCGUAACCAAUGGUAGCGGUUUUGUGGCGUGUCCGGCAUUGUAUAGGCGGUUUUGAAGACAAAAAAAUAAUAAUACUUCUAGUUUACUCGCAAACAAUGAUGAUGGCGAUGUGAUUUUCGUUGAAGUGUUCGUGUGUCAGGUAGCACUACUGCCCAAUAAUGACGCUCCUGAUGAUGUUCUCCGAUCUCUCUUCCAGGAGGAGUGGCUUGUUGUCGUUAUGGUCGUCGUGGUGACUUGUGAUCCUAUAUGCAAAUCAGCUGGCGGUAGGGAGGGGUCACGACCUCUCGGUAGGAAUAUAGUUUUCUGUCCUUGAAGUUGUCGUAAAAGUGCAGCAUUUCUGCAAAAAAAAGAAAGCGAUUGCCGUCUAGAUUUACCCAACAAGGGCUUUGCAACUGAGCAUUUUACGUCUAUAAUUUCAUUUGAAUGGGUCUUUUUUUUUUUUCCCUGUUAGAAACAGUGCCGUGUCCCAGGAGGCCGUUCGCUUCUUAACAGCGAAGUAAGACAAUCCUGGUUGCAGCCAAAACACUCGCACGGUGGAACCUCUCUAAAAUCAUUCCGAUCUGCUUGUAGUUCUAAAGGCCCGUUCACACCAAGAACGAUAUCUAUAAAGAUUUAGUUCUAAAAAUCGUUAUAAAUAUAAAAGAAUAGCACUUGUCCACAGCUAUAACGAUAACGAUAUAGAGAAACGAUAUUGUUGGGAUCAUUUUCAUAAUGAUAAAACACUAACAGCCAAUCCGAAUCCAUUCUAAUUUAGGGCUCGCGCAUUUAAAAUGGCCGACGCCGAGGUCUAGAAAAACCCACCACUGUUUGACAAGUCAACCCCCCUUUUCAAGGAUAUUUUAAAGAACAUGUAUAUAUGGAAAACAAUCGGUCAUACUCUGGGAAUUAACGAUGAGAUCAUUAUGCCAGGCUAGCAAACAGUGUAAAAUAAAAUUACCUCAAGUAUCCAGCGCUAGUUUCGCUAGCAUUGUCUAACGUCUGUUGAAGUUGAGGUGAAAAAGACUAGGCGUUGUUUCUAUUCCUUUAUUGGCUUCGUCAGCUAAAUUCACUAUUAGAUUAGAUCGAUUUCACACUCGAAACAUAGCAUGCUGAGGACUUCUGCUGGUUAAAGUCGUGUAAAUGCAACAAGAACAGCAAAAACAUGUUGUACACACUUUGAAACCGCAGCGCGUGAGCUUACAAUAAACAGACCGUUAUCAUUCGUUGGCGUGGACGCAAGUAUAAUUAUCUUUAUAGUUAUCGUUCUGGGUGUGAACGGGCCUUUAACCAAUGCAAUCGGAGGUCAGAGACGCUCCCAAGCGUCCGGUCUGUUGCUGGGCAAAGCCUGAACUACCUUUGAAUUGCAGGCUUUGUCCUACUUCUCCCGCAAACUCUUAGACUUCCACAUUAUCUUGACUUUUAUUCGUUCUUGUCAUGCCCCGAUGUGUUUCUGCUCUUCCCAACAGACGUUUUUUUCUCUCUUUCCUGUGCCUCGUGGGACACGCAUUAAGAUGUUUCAUUUCAGGUUGAAGAAAAACGAGUCUUCAAAGAGUUCAUUUCUCCCGUUUGCUGUUAGGGUUUAACGGAGGCUUGACGUCAGGUUUGGCGCGCUUUCGCUGUUUGAAAAGGUGUCAAUCAUUAACUCUUUAUCGUGCUGCUAAACGGAUCUUUUUUCUUUUUUUUUUUUUUGUGACUUUUCCUCUAGAUUUGUGACUGUCAGAUCGAUAAAAACGAGGAAAGAGCCCUGUAUCUCUUAGCACUAUUGUUGGCGUUGGUCGCAGCCUGAAACAUACGUUCUCUAAAGGUGAAAUAACAUUAUUUUAGACGCUUCAUAAUAUUGGAUUUCCCCCCUUUUUCCAACUUUUUUUUCCCCCCUCAGCGACUCGACAAGCUGUUCAGACAGUUUGUCUCUGGUCCGACGUGUAAACGGUCAGAAAUGUCAAGCUAUAAAUUGCUGUGAGUUUAAUACGAUGGAUUUUUUUUUUGUCUAAAAAAAUUGUUUUUCUGUAUGGGGUGUAUUAAAUUAAGAUAUCAUAGUUCUUUGUAUGGGAAAUAUAGAUACCGUGAAAGUCCAUUUAAUUGUAAGUAUUUAUCAACUAAGUUAUUGUACUUUUGCAAUUUGUAGAUAAGUAAUAUAAUGUAUUGGUAUAUAAUGAUGAAAUUAACUGUAUCAGUCAGUCUGGGGCGUCCUUUAAUUUAUUGAUGUAUAUACUGUAUGUUUGUUGAUAUACAGCUUACUUUAUUUUGUAUAUGACUAAUAAAUACAUUUUGAAAAACAGA